CAUGACAAGCGAUGUUUGGUGGUAUUAUAUGGUUGAAUUAGGAUUUUAUACGUCAUUGACAUUUUCUCAAUUUAUGGAUAUUAAAAGAAAAGAUUUUGCACAGAUGUUUGUUCAUCAUAUUGUUACCAUUCUUUUGUUGGUAUUUUCUUGGUCGAGUAAUCUUACACGUAUCGGAACUAUUGUUUUAAUUGUUCACGACUUUGCAGAUUGUCCCUUAGAGGCAGCAAAAAUGGCAAAGUAUAUUCAUAAACAACGCCUUGGUGACAUGUUGUUUGUAGUUUUCACAUUAGCAUGGAUAGUAUCUAGGUUGGGACUAUACCCAUAUAGGUAUUGUCUUCUUAUAUUGAGUUGUUAUAAAAAUAAAAUUAACAGUGAUUUACUUAAUAUUAUAGAUGCAUUGGAACUAAAAUUAGUUUGAAUGUUCAAAAAGUUUACUUUAUAGCACUUAAAUCACCAGUUUGCAAUUUUGUAUUUGAUACAUUAACUUUUUCGUAAUUGUUUGUUCUUGUUUCAUUAUCCCCUCUGCACAACCUGCUUAUGAAUAAUGUAAUUUGAUCCCAUUUCAGAAGGUUAUCUCUGCUUGAUCAAUGACCAUCCUCUUAUGUACCAUAAUGCAAAACAAACUCUUAUAAAUGGCCAUAUGUUCUGCAAACAUGGUUUAGACCAUGUUUACAGAACAGUAAUACAGUAUGUACUAUAUACUGUAAAUGCAAAACUGCCUCUUAAACAGAAUUUCCUGUGGCAACAAAAUAAUCAGCAAGGCAAAGCUUACCAUUAAUCACCUUUAUUGUUUCUGUUUUCAAUGAUUGUCUAGUACACUCUAUCAUAUACCAGUGUUUUUCUUCAAGGUUUAUCACAUUUUGCUAUUCAAGGUUCUUGAAUGACAAAAUGUGCCAAAAGAAUUGUGUUUUGUUGAUAGUGCCUCGUGCUAUUGCUACAAGAAGCUACAGCAUUUUCAUUCCAAGUGAUUCAUUGGAUACAGUUGUGGACUCCAAUAAUCCAGCAAACUUUUAGUUUAUGUUGAGUGAACUUAAAACUGCCACCAAUUUAAUAAACUGAAAAUGUCAGUGUUGAACUUUCUGACUACAAAGCAGAAAACUUAUUACAACACUUUGUAUAAAACUCAAUGUUACAGAUUUUAAUUUAGUAAUUACAAGAAAAUUGAUUAUUAGUAAAAUUUGCAAUUUGUCAAAAUAUCAAACAAUUAACUCAGUUAGGAAAAAGAACCUAAUCGAAACCAAUCACUUACAAUCAUGCUGCAUGCUGACCAGCAAAAGUGAAGAUUAGCUUUGUGUCAUUUUGAAAAUGUUCUUUAUAUAUUGCUGACAAAAAGUAAGAUGCUGCUUAACAUGUCAACUGCUCAGAACAAGAGAGUUACAACUCAAAAAUAUAUAUUUUUCAGGAGAGCCAUUUGAAGUUUUCAAUUCCAGCUGAUAAAUCAGGGAAUUGUUUAAAAUCAAUGGAAUUUGGAUUGAAUGUUAAUUAUAGUCAUUACAUUGAGUUGGAAUAAUAAUAUUAUUUAAAUGUAUUUUCUCUGUUAUAUUAUUACAUAUUUUUUGAGUUGCAACAGUUUUGCAUUCAAAAUGUCAUUAUUGUUUUCUCAGUUACAACUGUUUGCCAUUCUUUUUUACUUAGAACAGCUGUUUGCCAUUACAUAAUAAUAUACAUUUUAUAUAAAGUUACAGUAUUUAUUUUAACAGAACAGAAAAAUGUAAUGUUACAUUCUGGUUUUAUGAGACCCAUGUUGUUCAAACAUGACAAACAAUAAAAACAAAAGUAAGAAAGUUCACAAAAAAUUAACACAGCCAUUAAAAAAGUAUCACUAAUUGUGCUAUGGUUUUAUCAAGCAAAUUAGAGAUCAGUCUUUUUCAACACUACUGGAAACUUUCAGAGAAUUAUAAAAUGAUGCAUGCAUGCUUGGAAUGACACCACUUUUACACAAGUCCAGCAAAUCUUUCUUCUUUCCAGCAUCUAUCCCUGGUGGUGAAGAAUAAGCUGGGUGCAGCAUGACUUUGGCAGAUCUACCUCUCAUUCUUUGUCGAAUGUUUAACUUUUCAAAAUCC